AUGGUGCCGUUCUUAAGCCUGUCUGCUCGGAAAGGUCUGAGGGAGGCAGUAUCUGAGAAAAGGAGUGCUGGGGGAGAUGGGGAUGGCGGAGGGGUGGCAAACACAGGGGCUGAUUCAGCUGCAGAGGAGGAUCCAGGAAGCUUGAUCUCCUAUCUGCUUCGCUGCCUCCUGCUCACCCCACUGCCUCCCUUUCUGCACCUGCGCCGGUCAAAUGAAGACAAAGCUACCAGAGUUGGGACGGAAGCAGAAACACAGGAAACAGCAACAGGAUCAAGUAUGAGUGCUAGCAGCCCUGUUGUUCCUGAAAACACUGGAAGCGGAAGUGUGGCCAAUCAGGAGCCGUUUCUGUCGUUCCAGAUGGCGGCCCCUGCUCCAGCCUCCACCAGACCGGACAGACCAGUGCAGGUCCACGUGGCAGCAGGUGAUUCGCUCCUGGCUGUGAGUCCAGAUCUGAUUGGUGCAUUCCUGACGUUGGGAGAGCUGCUUGCGCAGGUUUCAGCUGUGAUUAGUAGCAAAGGGAGCAGUAUUGACGGGAGCAGCAGUGAGGGGAGUAGCAGUGGGGGGAGCAACAGUGCGGGGAGCAGCAGCAUCGGAACGAGCAAGGCAAAGGAUAGAAGCAAGGGUAGGUACAGGAGCAGCAGAGGGAGCAGUGCCGGCUUUGUGAAAGGCACUGAUCCGACUUGUGUGAAACACCCACCUACAAGUGCUGAUGUUCCCACGGGUCCUAGUGGGAGUGAAAGACGCCCCCGGCAAUCUGGUAGUGAAAGACACCCCCAGCACCCCACUUGUGAGAGCCAUUGUAGCAGCAGCUUAGACAGCCUGUUUGCAGCUCUGCGGUCGGCUCUAGACGGACUCAUCCCGGGUGCAUCGUGGCGUGUGAACGCGACAAGUGGCAGGCUGUGGUUGGCUGUUGGGGUUCAGGCUGAUGUGGCAGCGGCGGCAGCUGCUGCAGCUUUCACUGCUGGUUUUCCUUGCAGCAGCGAGUCUGCAAGCAAUGGCGCUAGCCUGCUAUCUUUGUCCCACGGGAAAGUGAAGUCAGGUGUAAGAGGGGGAGUAGAUACAGCGGCUACAUUUCCGGGCAGGGUCGUAGUGGAAGGAGGAGCAGCAGAGGCGGUGCGAGAAGGAGGAGGAGCAGCAAUAGCCGUGGAGCAGGAGGAGCAACAUCACGCGACUGUAACGAGCGGUGCAGAUGUGAUAGUGGCUGGGGUUGCUUCUCUUGCUAUCAGGCUUCGUCCCAAGCCUCCUUACAACCCAUGCAUGGGUCCUAUAAUCAACCCUAGUUCCAGUACUGGUAGCCCUAUUUUCCCUACUGGGAACUCCACAGUCGCUGGAAACGCCACAGUCAACAUCAACAAGGCUACAGUCGGGAAUGCAGGGCAAGAAGAACGAGGGAAUCAGGUGCCGGGAAGGGAGGAGGCGAAGGAGGAGAAGGGCCAGAAGGGGAAUCGAGGGAGAGGAGAAGGGGAUAAGGUGGGAAUUGAGGAGACGGGCAGGGACGAGAGUAGGGGAGCUGUUUGGGACAGGUUGGAGCAGGCUGUUUGGAACGGACGGCCGAGAUCAGCUCGCAGAGGGCGAGAGUGCAAUCCGACGGUGGGAGAUGGUGGAAAGCAAGGCGGGGAUGGGCCAGUGGGGUAUGGGGCAGUGGACGUCCAUCAGGUGUGGCACAAUAGCGAUGUGACUAUUACGGGGCUCAGCAUCCAGGCAGUGGGUGUGGGUGCAGAAAGGGAUGAGGUGGCAAUUGAUGAGAUUAAUGGGGUGCAUUCACACGAGAUAAGAUGGAAGCAUAGGGGAAGACAGGGAAGAAUUAGUGGGGAGUGUGAUGCGGUGAAGAGGAGUGAAUCGGUGUGGACAGUGGUGCUGGCUCCGACUCAUCUCAGUGUGCUUGCCUCUCUGUACCGAUGCCAGACCACCUCUUUACUCACAUCGGAUACAAUCACAUCUGCGGCUGCUCUGAUCUGCGUCCCUGCGUUCGCAGCUACCGUGCCUGCCACUGUCAUACACGCCCUUCCCGAGGUAAGUCUCUGCAUAUAA